ACAGUUCCCAACAGCCACCUUUCCUACACGUCAAUCUCUCUCCCAAUAUUCAAUCCGUGAGCGCCAUGCUCGCCAUGCUUUUGUAACCCUACACGAGGCUCGAGCCUCAGCACAUCAUCCUUUGACAUUUUUUAUCGACAUAUCUUGUACAAUUAUAUCCCGUCAGCGCCUGGAGCGAUUUUGCACCUCCGGAAAAAUAUACCCAUCACUAGAGCAUCAUGGCUGCCCGUCGAGGAAGCCGUUUCAUUAAGCCGCUGUUGUAUACAGCUGGUGCUGGUGCCAUUGGUGCUGGAGCACUCUACGUUACCCUCCGACCUCGCGAUAUCCCCGGCACCGAGGCGGCCGCAGUACCCCCACCCACAUAUGGCGAGGGAGGUGUGUUUCGCCCACCACAAUUCCCCUCUGCCAAAAGCCGCGAUGAGCAGAUUGCGCAGCUGAAGCGCAGCGCAGGUGUCGUCGCGCAGGUUUCGGAAAAGGCAAGGAAAUGGCUCGGGGGUGGCUCAACACCAGCCGCUCCAGUCGAGGAGGAGCCCUACGAUCUCUUGGUUAUUGGUGGUGGCGCGACUGGAGCCGGUAUUGCGCUUGACGCCGUUACCAGAGGUUUAAAAGUUGCGCUAGUCGAACGCGACGACUUUAGCAGUGGUACCAGUAGUAAGAGCACAAAGCUGGUCCACGGUGGUGUACGAUACCUUGAAAAGGCCGUUUGGAACCUAGACUACAACCAAUACGCCCUCGUUGUCGAAGCUCUCCGCGAACGCCGUUACUUCUUGGACACUGCUCCUCAUCUAUCACAAUGGCUCCCUAUCAUGAUUCCGAUUCAGAAGUGGUGGCAGGCGCCAUACUUUUGGGCCGGUACAAAGUUUUACGACUUCCUCGCUGGAUCGGAGAACAUUGAGAGCUCAUACUACAUGACGAAGAGCAAGGCCCUAGAUGCAUUCCCCAUGUUGAAGAAGGAAGGCCUUGUUGGAGCUCUCGUCUACUAUGAUGGUGCACACAACGACUCCCGCAUGAACGUCUCAAUUGCCAUGACUGCUGCGCUAUAUGGUGCUACCGUCGUAAACCAUCUCGAGGUUACCAGCCUGGAGAAGGAUGCCAAUGGCCGCCUGUGCGGAGCCAAGGCAAAGGACUGUAUUGCGGAACGCGACGGAAAGAAGGCCGAGGAGUUCUCUAUCAAAGCCAAGGGUGUCAUCAACGCUACUGGUCCUUUCACUGACUCCAUCCGCAAGAUGGACGACCAAGAGGUGCCAGAAAUUGUUGCUCCUAGCUCUGGUGUCCACGUCAUUCUCCCCGGUUACUACAGCCCUUCAAACAUGGGUCUCAUUGAUCCCAACACCUCGGAUGGUCGUGUAGUUUUCUUCCUGCCAUGGCAGGGCAACACCAUUGCCGGUACUACGGAUACCGCGUGUGAUAUCACAAAGGACCCUGUUGCCGGAGAAGAGGAAAUUGACUGGAUUCUCAAGGAAGUCAAGCGCUACUUGCAACCCGAGAUCAACGUUCGCCGCGGAGAUGUCCUCGCUGCAUGGUCUGGUAUUCGCCCGCUUGUACGCGACCCCAACGCGAGCGCAACUGAAGGUCUUGUCCGAAACCACUUGGUUACCACUUCUCCUUCAGGUUUGAUGACUUGCUCAGGUGGCAAGUGGACUACUUACCGCCAAAUGGCCGAAGAGACUGUCGACGAGGCCAUCAAGGAGUAUGGCUUGAAGACCCAGCCCCUUGUGAACCCUACCUUGAUCAGCGGGACAGAGGUCAAGGACGAGGCUCCUCUUGACGGUACUUGCCAGACUCACCGUGUCCGCCUUGUUGGUGCACACGGCUUCUCAAAGACACUCUUCAUUAACCUCAUCCAACACUACGGCAUCGAGACGGAUGUUGCCAAGUACUUGUGCCAGGCCUACGGUGACCGCGCAUGGACUGUCGCAGCUCUCUCAGCACCCACUGAGCAGCGCUUCCCCGUCCGCGGCAUCAAAAUGUCUGACCUCUACCCAUACAUUGAUGGCGAGGUUCGCUACUGUGUCCGCCACGAAUACGCACAAACCGCCACCGACGUAAUCGCCCGUCGCAUGCGUCUCGCCUUCUUGAACGCCCAGGCCGCGCUCGAAGCUCUCCCCAAGGUAAUUGACAUUAUGGGCGAGGAGCUCAAGUGGGACAACAAGCGCAAGGAGACGGAGUGGAAGAACUCGGUUACUUACCUUGGCUCCAUGGGUCUCCCCAAGAACAAGCUCUCGCUCACGCGCAAGGAAGUGGAGAACGGCCAAGUAGGCAAGUACUCGGACGAGGACUACCACCUCUACGCACGCCAUGAUAAACCUGAUGAGCUGCUCAAGUCGGAUAGCAAGUUCAAGAGCGGCCAGAACCCCGUCAUUGGCCGUGAGUCGGAGGUUAACAAAUAG